AUGGCGGCUCAAACUGGGUUGGCACCGGCUUCUGUGAGCCGCAGUGAUGUCCCUACCUUUCCUCCGGUGGCUCUGUCCGCGGAGGCCGCCCCGUUCACCCCGCUCGGGACGGACGGCUGGCGGCUCGGCUCACCGUCGGACGUGGAGAAACAGUUUUCCCGCUGCGCCGCGAAGCUCCGAGCCCUGCGGGCAGACUCCGGCCAACUGAGAGAGGAGCUCAACCUGCUGUUUGACCAGCUGCUGUCCGAAAACUACAACAAAACCUUCGACUUUAAUAUCAACAUCCGACCAGAGGAUGUUUGCACUCUGCUGAAACAUGUCAGCUGUCUUGUGCCACUGAGUCAAGAACAUCUAGUCAUCAAACUCUGCCAGCUAAUACAUCAUCUACUCAAUCAGCUCAAGGUAAUAAUGGACGAGCAGACAUUAGACGUAUUGGUGAACUAUACCGCCAGAGCACUGAAAAUGUGCAGUACAUGGACACACUCAGAUGUCCUUCUGGCACUUUCCACAGUAGUGUACGGGAACGGACCUCAGUGCCAACAGCACCUCAGUGACUUACUGGGUGAAGAUGGAGUCCUCCUGCUGUAUAGCUCUCCAUCUCAGCCAAAUAUGGAGUUACGCCGUGUUGCUCUCACCUGUAUGGCCAACAUCUGUCUCAGGAUUCCUGGUCAGCCACCGUUGGAUGAUCAAUACAGGAGUGUAUCUUUCAGAGUCUUCCUGAAAACACUGCAGUCACCCAAACCUCCCAACACUGAUGAGCUCUUUUACUGCAUGGUGAUCCAGGCAGCACUAAAGGGACUUCAGUGUUGUCUCUCAGGAGGGAAGUGGAAAUUUGGUGGAGGGGAGGAGCUUGGGUCUGUACUGGCUGCACUAAAGAGGCUCAUGUUUCAGGGAGCUCCAGGUGUGAGUGUCGAGUGGCCAGCAGUGCUUUACCCAGCACCUCUUCCUCAAUAUGAGGGUCUCCCUUCAUCGAAACCUGCUGAACCAACAAAACCUGAACCAGCAAAGGACGCAGCUGUGCCAGGCAAAACCUCAGGAAAUAAAAAGAGGAAAUCAAGAGGAAAGGGGAAGAAGACGAGCACUGAGGAGAGCAGAGGGGAUGAUGGAGAGGAAGAUGAUCGAGAGGCAGUGCCUGCAUAUCAGAAAGGAGGGGGAAGAGAUGGAGGCAGAGGUGAAGGAGAAUUCAUGUCUAAACUCUCUGGCCCAUCUCUCUACCCGUCCUGGAAAAGAGCCAGCUCUGACUCUGAGUUUUCAGACCCAGAGGGCAGUGCACAGUGCAAAUUAAGGCUUUACCACGGUCGUGUGCGUCAGAGAGCACUGCACUGUCUGCUAGCGGUGGUAAAAGGUGUUGAGAAGAGGACUCUGUAUGGCUACUGGUCCUCAUUCAUACCUGACUCCCCUAUUGGGGGGCCGCCGCCUCUCACUCUCCUCACAAUUAUCCUGAAGGACCCCUCACCAAAGGUGCGUGCAUGUGCGCUUCAGGUGUUGUCGGCCAUGCUGGAUGGCUCCCGUCAGUUCCUGGCUGUGGCUGAAGAUACAGCGUCUCCUCGUACGUCUUACACCCCUUUCUCCUUCACGCUGGCUACUGCCGUCAGAGAACUGCAUCGCGCUCUCAGUCUGGCUCUGCUGGCUGAGACGUCCCCUCAGACGCUCACACAGGUCAUAAAGUGUCUGGCCUACCUGGUGGCGAAUGCUCCCUACCACCGUCUCAGACCUGGUUUGCUCAACUCACUCUGGAAGCAGAUGCGUCCCUAUGUGCGCCACAGAGAUGUGAAUGUCCGUGUGUCAGUCCUGACACUCUAUGGGGCUCUGGUGACGACUCAGGCACCUCUCCCUGAGGUGCAGCUCCUCCUCCGACAGCCAGAGGGCAGCGGCAGCAGCAGUACUGGCUCCUUCACGCCGCAGGAUUCGGCUCUCAGCUGGAGACAAAGAGACGGAGUGUCCUCGCCCUCUCGCACACCAGUCAAAUCCUCCCUGCACACGCAAUCCCCCCAGGUUUCUCACACACCGAGGGAGGAGGACAGCACCCCGCCGUGGCUUCUGCAGCUGUGUGUGUCGCUGGUGACUCAGCCUAGAGAGGACCAAUCAGACAGCGAGGGAGCAGGAACAGGAGGGGGCGCUGCUUUAGAGCCCUCUCCUGUCCGACUAGAGGCUCUACAGGUCAUGUCCCACCUGGUGCGUGGCUACUUCUCUCUAGCCCACGUAUCUCUGUGUGAGAUUGGGCAGGUGAGUGCGCGCUGCCUUGGGGAGACAGACCCCUCCAUACAACUCCACGGAGCAAAGUUACUGGAGGAGCUGGGGACAGGAAUAAUCCAGCAGUACAGAGCAGAAAACAACAUACCUGAGAGCUCCAGGGUCCCCAUGAACCAAGUGGUGCUCUUCUGGUCAGAAGUCUUGAGUGGUCCACUGAAUGGAGCACUGCAGAACGAACAACACCCCACGCUGCAGACGAGCGCAUGCGACACGCUCUCCUCCAUUCUGCCGCAGGCCUUCUCACAGCUGCCUGAUAAGACGCAGCUGAUGUGCAUCACCGUGCUGCUGGGGCUGACCUACAGUGAAAACUAUCUGGUGAAAACCGCAGCCGUCAGAGCUCUGGGAGUCUACAUACUGUUCCCCUGUCUGAGAGAGGAUGUUAUGUUUGUGGCAGAUACAGCAAACACUAUCCUCGCUGCCCUCGAAGAUCGAUCCCCAAAUGUCCGUGCCAAGGCUGCCUGGUCCCUGGGCAACCUCACAGACACACUUAUUGUUAAUAUGGAGAGUGUAGGCGUGGACUUCCAAGAAGAGUUAUCAGACAUGCUGCUGCUCAAGAUGUUGCAGGCAGCCACCCGAGCAUCGGCCGACAAAGACAGGGUGAAGUGUAAUGCGGUGCGAGCACUUGGAAAUCUGCUUCAUUUCCUGCGUCAGAGCCAGCUGACCCGCUCUGCGUUCCAACGUCCGCUGGAAGAGGCAGUACAUGCUCUGGUUAAAACCGUCCAGUCAGAGGCCACUAUGAAGGUCAGGUGGAAUGCCUGUUACGCCUUGGGAAAUGCUUUCAGAAAUCCAGCCCUGCCGCUCGACUCAGCCUCGUGGUCCUGUGAUGCCUUCUCCUCCCUCUGCCAUGUUGUCACUUCCUGCAAGAACUUCAAGGUGCGGAUCAAGUCUGCUGCUGCUCUGGCAGUUCCUACCAACCGCGCCUGCUACGGGGACACAGAGCGCUUCAGCUGUGUGUGGCGAUCCCUGGCUGCAGCGCUCGAGAACAGCGAAGACACAAAUGACUUCUUAGAGUACCGCUACAGUGCCAGCCUGCGACACACGCUCUCACAAGCUCUCCUACACCUGCUCAGCGUCAGCCAGUCUCAGGACAUGCUUGCCUUGGGGGCAUCACUGGCUGGGGAGGAGGGUGGGGGCAUCAAAGAGCAUUUGAUUAAAUAUCUCAGAGCAGAGGAAGGAGGAGGAGAGGGGGCGGAGGGAGAGAAAGAUGCAGGAGGGGACAGUUUCACCCCUCAGCAGAGAGUCGGAGGUCUGCAACAGACCCUGAUCAGACUGAAGGAGUUGAAGGCUGAAGGAGAGAGAUGGAGAGAGGAGGAGAGCGGUAAAGAGGUGGUGGUUUAUUUCCUGGAGGAUUUGUUAAAGACCUGUGAGGAGCAGUGAAGACUCCCAUUACCAGCUGUAGCGCUGGGUUUCAGUUAGAAAACUAGCUGAGAUCAAGAAGACGGCGCUCUCAAGUUGGGCAAAUAUCCAAGCAGCUGUAAGCAGCUUUGUCAUAAUGUGAUUGUAGGACAUCACAAGGAACCACAAGACUGUCUUAAAAAAAGGCCACUUUUUUUCUUAUGUACAUUUCAAGACAUUUUGAAGGUCACAGUGGCUUUUAUUUCCUUUUAUUCAUCUAUUUGCACUUGCACUCUUAUGGAUUAACAUCUGACGUACAAAGACAUGCCAUGUAAUCAUGUUUUGAGAACAAAAUAAUUUAAGUGAUGAAAAUAUUGUGUUGUUGUUUAACAAAAUUUUGUUGCCCAAGUUAAUUAAGAUGAUUUUUUAAAUUGUUUUGAUGUAAAGAGAAUUUUGUCUGAACAUGUCUGAUUGCAUUGAACAUCAAUUUGAUUAUUCUUUCCUUGGUGUUGUAAUUUACAUACAUCUGCCAUAAUGAGAUAUUUAUCGAUAUAUGAAAACUACUAUUUCACAGCAAUAAAUCAGAUUGUGAAGUCCACUGCAUUGUAUGUGUGAACACAGCAAUGAUGCUGACUGGACACAUGAAACAGCUAGGAAGAUGUUAUCCAUAUUGAACAUGAUUUAAAUGCAGUACAAAAGUGUUAUGUUUUGUUCAGUGUAUAAUAUGUAAUAAUAAUAAAUAUUUUCAGUUAUA